GCUAAAAAUAUGAUAUACAGUCAGGACUACGCCCGCUCCAUAGACGAUGUGCGCACUAUUGUUCGGCACGCUAAGCUCGAUCACAAAAAUCUGACCAAUGUUGCCCAGGCCAUUUAUUAUCCCACGGAAAGCGAGGGCCAUGAUUUGAGCAACAUCAAGCUGCUCGAGGUGGAUGAGCAUAUACUUGGCGAGCUUAAAACUGGCAGUGAAAUGUGUUUCAAGGGUGCGUUGAACGAGAAGGUAGUUUUCUGCACCGAAUCACGCACCUACGAGGUGAAAGAGGCGGAAAUAUCGAACAGUUUGCUGUUGGUGAAGAACCUUAAGCUUGCUCAGGCCACCAGCCGAUCACCGAUCAAAAGUCCCAAGAGUGGUGUGAACACAUCGAUGGACAGCAGCAUAGAGGAGGAGGAUGGCGAAACGAUCGACACGAUCGAUGAGGUGGAACGAAAGGAUGUGGUGCAAAUAUUCCACGAUUAUUUCGAGCUGCGCCAGGUGAAGCCAAAGUACCGGAAAAUCAUCGAUCUGCUUCGUUUGACCCGGUACGCUGGGCCGGAGAAUGAGCAUCUGAUCGAGCGAUCGUUGCUGUUCCGGUUUAAGCAGUUGCUCGAUACAGUACAGUGCAGCAAGGAAGAGUUUCAUGAAGGUCUAAAAAAAUAUCGCGCAAUUGAGAUUGAAGAUCGUGUGCGAAUGUUGGACUUGGAAUACGAAUAUCGAGUACUCACCUUGCUCCUAUCAGUGGUGGCGGAAAAUUCUUGGCAACCCGACGCAAUCGACAAGGAAGUCACGCUGGAAGCAAUGCAGGGCAUCAUACCGUACGAGAUAGUGGAUGGCAUAUUCGACGUCUACACCUGCCCCAGUGAACGCAUUCCGGACCGGUUCCAGUAUCGUGAGGAUCUCGUGUGCGCCCUUUUCGCUGAAAAGAUCCUUCAACAUGGCUUAAAGUUUCACAUCGAUGAAUUUCUUGUCACGUGGCAGGAAGCGUUGCCAGACGGGUUCGAAGCAAACGAGCAGUAUCUGCGUGGCAUCGGCAUUGUCGAUCGGGAGGGUAGUGUGCCGUGCGUGCGAGGCCUUAACGAAGCAGAUCUUCCCAUGAAUCUACUGGGUCGGCUCGACAUGCUGUUCCGGACGAAAGAACGAUGGAAUUUGGAACAGAUCGAACCGUACAUUGAGUGCUUUGCGACACCAACGGUAGGUGUUACCUCCAUUCUGGCCAAGUACACACGUUCGCUGGUCGUAAAAGGUGUUCGGAUGUACGUGUCGAAGCAUUAGGAG